CUGUCGAACAUCUGUCACCAAGCGAAGACUACGUCCGCUUUAGUCCCCAAAAACCGCAAUACCGUCAUGGCACCCGGUUUAAUAAUUUUUUAAAGAAAAUUCAAUACAUUCGCAAUCAAAGUCGCGUAGAAACAACGAUUUUUAUCUGUACAAACAUUUGUUCAUAUUUGUCUUGGAAGUAUGAGUUCAGGUAGACCAAUCAAGUGUGUGGUAGUAGGAGAUGGAACAGUAGGAAAAACAUGCAUGUUAAUAUCAUAUACAACAGAUAGUUUUCCAGGAGAAUAUGUUCCUACAGUAUUUGACAAUUACUCAGCACCUAUGGUUGUGGAUGGAAUACCUGUUAGUCUAGGACUUUGGGAUACUGCUGGACAAGAAGAUUAUGAUAGACUUCGUCCACUUUCAUAUCCACAGACUGAUGUUUUCUUAAUCUGCUUCUCAGUAACAAGCCCAUCAUCAUUUGAAAAUGUUACUAGUAAAUGGUAUCCAGAGAUAAAACAUCACUGCCCAGAUGCUCCAAUGAUACUUGUUGGAACUAAAAUAGACUUAAGAGAUGACCGUGAGACGCUUACUGCCUUAGCAGAACAAGGUCUUAGCGCUAUAAAACGUGAACAAGGACAAAAAUUGGCAAACAAGAUACGUGCAGUAAAAUAUAUGGAAUGUUCUGCACUUACGCAACGUGGUCUGAAGCAAGUUUUUGAUGAAGCAGUUCGUGCUGUUUUAAGACCAGAACCCCAAAAACGUAGACAGAGAAGAUGCAUUAUGUUAUAAACACUAAAUAAUUGGGAACUAAUCAAUGUAGGUAAAACCACAUAUAAACUAACAGACUGAAAUUAAUUUUCUCACAAAAAGCGAAAAAAAAAAUAUGAAUGUUUUGAAAGAAAAACGGUAGCAGCCCAUACAUUUCAUUGAAUUUUUCUGGCAGCUAUAAACCAUCAUAAUCGUAAAUAAAGUACAAUUUUCAGCUCAUCGCUAUAAGCUGUAAAAUUGAUGUAAGACCAGAAGCUUAAAUAAUAUGAAAACGUGACAUCUUUAUAAUACUUUUACAAAAAUUAUUACAGAUUUGCAUUUGUUGUACAUGUAGCAUUUCUAAGAUAAUUUUAAAUAUUAAUGUACUAGUCAGAAGUUAAAGUAUUUAGUGAAAUUGAAGACAUAUAUGUACUAUUACUUUCUACUUUUAUAAAAUUAUAAUUUUUUUAUGUGGAUUGUCAUUUUUUAUCAUUUUUUUUUUUUUAUAAUAUAAUAUUUUAAUUAAUGUUUGAAUGAAUUUAAUACUUUACCACAAUUGAAAAUAUUCGAUUUUGAAACCUUGAUCAUGUGAGCUGCCAGAUUUUGAAAUUUUUAUACUCAUAAUAGUAAAACAUUCGUUUUAAUAUACACAUAUGAUAGGUAUUACAAUCAAUAUACUAACAAUUUUUAUACAAUGUAAAAUAACAUUAUAGAAUUAUUUAAACAUACAGUGCCAUAGCAACGAAAAAAAGAAAUCAAAUCAGUAAUGCUAGCAUUUUUUAUGUCAGUUCUAGACAAUAUAUGUAUUUUCUUACAGUCUCUUACCAGAUGACUAAAAAAAAGAUACAAAGGAAUUGAAGAAUCUCAUUGAUAAAACAUAUUUUGUAUUUACUUUACAAAUUUCGAUAAAUGUUAUAAUUGUAAUAUUUCUUUACACACUACCAAAGAAGUACACUUUAUGCAUAAAAUACUGCCAGGAAAUAUUUAACUUUGUGAGCAAUAGGUGUAUGUGAAACAUUUUAUUGUCUAGAAUUUGAACAUUCUUUUUAUAUUACUGCAUAAUACAAGACAUGCUGUAAUGUAUUAUGUGUAUAUUUAUAUUUAUUUUAUUUUGACUUUUAAUUAAGUACGGAUAUUUUAAAAGGAAUUUAAUGGAAAAACACUUAAACAUUUACUUCUGAAACAAUUUCUGUUGUUGUAUAUGGCAGGUACAGUUUUAUAGAUUGCUGCACUGGUGCAAUCUAUUAAUGUUUAAAGGCUCUAAAUUAUUUUUCAUAAAAACUGAGAGUGCAUCGUGAAAA